AUGGUAAGCGUCGAUGGCAAUGCUUCGAACGAAGCUUCUUGGACGUCACCUGGUGUGGGUAUCACAGCUGGAUAUGAUGGAAACAGUGAGACAUUUCGCAUAUUCAUCGUCUUCUUUCUGGGCCUGGGAAUCUACAAUGCUUGUGUGAUCAUCGCUUCCGCUCUCUUCUACUUUAAACACUACCGCGGCUUGUAUUUCUGGUCGUUGGUGACGGCUGGAUGGGGAAUUAUUCCUUACUGUGUGGGAUUUCUGAUCAAAUUUAUGAACAUUGUCACGGGCAAGGGGAUAUGGAUUGCGGCUGUGCUGGUCACUAUGGGAUGGUACCCCAUGAUCACUGGCCAGGCAGUUGUUCUAUGGUCACGACUACAUCUGAUCGUGUCGGGCCAGAGAGGAGACAGAAUUCUUCAAUGGACUAAAUACAUGAUCAUCACGAACGUUCUCAUCUUACACGUGCCGACAUCGAUCAUGGCCGCCGGGGCCCAAGGUACAAUCCGCACCACAACUUUCGCGCGAGGGUACAACAUCAUCGAAAAGGUCCAAAUGGUCGGUUUUUUUCUCCAAGAGACCAUCUUAUCGUCCAUCUACAUCACAGAAACCGUCCAUCUCCUCCGCAGUUCAUCGCAAGCCGGCGGACGUCAACAACGAAGGACCAUGCAACAACUCAUCGCCAUCAACGUCACCAUCAUUUCCAUGGAUCUCGUCUUAUUAGGCGUCGAAGCCGCAUCCCUCUACAUUCUCCAAAUUCUCCUCAAAGGCCUCGUAUACUCAAUCAAGCUCAAACUAGAAUUCGCCAUUCUCACCCGGCUAGUUUCCAUCGUUCCCGACGGUUCUACCGGCCCAUUGAAUUUCAUCACUUCCAAGGACAAUAUGGAAGUUCCCAUUGAGGAAAUCGUCGACUUUGGCAAGAUUAAUUCGGAUAUUACUCAUGCGGCUACGCCGACUAUGGGGCCCGGCGGCAGGCUGCGGAGGAAUAGCGAGUUGGAUGUCGAGAUUGCACGAUUCGAGCAUGUUCAUAAGGGCGCACUCUGGUCGGAAUCUGGUGCUCAGCAGCAUGUGCGGUAUGCUGAUGAUGUUGGGCUGGAGAAGGUGUAG